AUGUCUCCUGUAAUACUUCUUUUCCUCACUAUUGUUCAUCUCUCGACAUUUAUGGGGCAGCCGACUCUCCCGGUGAGCACUCUACCCCCAGGCCCUCCCAGUACAUGUCAACCUAUAACUGGUGUGGCCAUGUGUCUUUAUGUGCCAUGGGCAGGAAAUGCCUCCUUCCCCAGUGUCAAAGGACGUAGGACGGCACAGAGCAAAGCAAACAUCGAAGCGAAUGUAUUUCAACCUCUUGUUACACAUCAAUGCUCUAAUGCCAUCGUUCACUUUCUUUGUGCAGUGUACACCCCGGCUUGUGUUGAGGGACCCGAAGGAACCGUCACGCUUAAACCCUGCAGGGGUCUCUGUAACCAUGUGAGGAAUACUUGUGAACCUUUUAUGCGGGAGCGGUGGGGAUUGAAUUGGCCGCCUCACUUUGAGUGCUCUAACUUUCCCGAAAAUGAAUCCACUGAUAUUAAUAGUCUGUGUUUUGAUGUGCCUUUCCAUAAUGUUACCAUACCAAUACCACCUGCUACUACAUCUUCUAGUAUAGUUGUUCAACCUUCAUCUAAAAAAAGUUCAGUCGUUCAAUGA